AGUCCGUAGCCAUUCUGGCUCAAGCUCAAGCCGCUGGCCCCCUUUUCAGGACGCAAUUGCCACUUUGCCCCCUGAUCGCCAUGGGGCGCAACAAAGGCGGUGUUGGUGGCCUUGCAGCUGCACGGCCGCCGAACUCGAACAGGGCGACGACAAGCGGCGGCGGCGGUGGACAGGGAAGCCCGCUCGGCGUGGCAGCUGACCCGAGCAGGGCGGCGGCCAACAACAGGGCGAACCAAAUGAACCCAAACAAUCCGGAGUUCUACAAAGCGCGUGGGCUCCGUGAGCGGCCGUGCGAUUGGCCUGCAAAUGUGGCGCAGCGACGGGAGAGAGGGCUUCGUGAGCACGCUGUGAACUUGGCCGUGGCGGAGGCCCCCGAGAAGCGCGCUGCGCACGGGCGCGACACGGAGAAGGUCGGCCACGCGGUGAGAUCAGCUUUUGGCGGUCAGGCCCAAGUCCGCACGGGAGGUUCGAGGGCCAAGCACGUCCACCUGGCUGAUUCCGACGUGGACCUGAAGGUCGUGCUUCCAGGAAACAGGCCCAUGAGAUCGGAAGACCGCGACGUCUUGACAGGGAAGCUCGCCAAGCAGUUCGGGGCCGAUCGCGUGGAAACUUCGAACCCGAAUAUCCACAUUGUACACGGGGAGGGUGGGUCCAUGGAUAUUGUACCUUGUUGCGCCACCUUCUUCCCCGGAGGUUUCCACGCUGGCCUGCCACGCAACGACGGCUUCAAGAACAAUCCGCAGGCGAGGCUUGCAGUGAGGGACGCCAAGCUGCACGCGAAGGAGCACGGUCUCGAAGUUCGUGGCCAUGAUGUCGAAGAAGCUGUCCGCAGGGCUCAGCAGGGGCACCCUCGGGCCAGAUUCGACGAGCUCAACGCCGGUCACCUCAUUCCAUGAUGCUCCAGGGUCCCCCCCCUAUACGAGCGCCGUCCACUGCCCGACGCAGACGCAGUGUACAGUGUGCAGAAGCCUUCAGGUACAGUACAGCAGAGGAGCGGCAUGUCAUAGCAA